AUGAAUAGAAAAAAAAGAUACAAAAAUAAGAAAAGGGGGGAAAAGGAAAACCCGCUUCCCCCACGGGGCUUCGACCCAGCCGGCCCUAUCGGCCACCCCACCAGACCGGCCCAACACCCCCACUACACCUACCCCCACUUCCCAGAAACCCUAACCACCCCACUCUCCCCCACUCCUCCCUCUCCCCGCCCCGUUUCUGGAUCGGGGGAGCGACCCCCUUUUCCCCUCUCCCCCCCGCGCGAUCUGGAUCGGGAGCGCCCCAGCGCUCACCGCCUCGAUCCCGCCGCCGCCCGGAGACCCCGUCGCCAACCAUCGCUGCCUGAGGUCUCCGCCGACGCCGCCAUCGCCCCGCGUGCCUCGGCCUCCUCCUCGUCCCGUGCCGAGGCCGCCGUUCUUGCGCCGCGCCAUCGACCCCGUUGUCUCGCCGCACUCGUCGCCGGCGACCCGGACGCCGCCCCUUCGUCGUCCUCCUCCCCGAGCCCACUGCCCCGUCCCUACGAACCCCCAGUGAGGCCCCCAUCUUUUUUCUCCCCACUCGUGGCCUCACCGUGCGCGCGACGCGCCCGCACACCGUCGCCGUGUUCGCCUGGCCCAGUGCUCGCGCUCACCGCGACCUCGCCCCGCCCGGCGUGCCUCUGCACGCACACCAGGCCGCGCCCCUACCUCGCGCGCACCCUGCGGGCUGCCCCCCGCCGCCCUGACCCCGCCGUGCCCGCCCGCGCCGGCCUUGGCCUCCUGCGACCAAGCACCGACCGCGCCCAGCCCCUACCGCCGCCCGGCCACCACCGCCUCCAUCCCGCGACGCCUGGCCGCACCCGCGAGGGCCGCCGCCGUCCGGGGCCGCCCCUGCUCUCCGCCUCCUGCCGCUGUCGAGCGAGGCCGCCGGCGCAGCUGGGCCUCGUGCCCUCGCUGCUGUGGCCUCGGGCACGGGCACCCAUCGCCCGAAACCACAGCGCCCCUACGCCCGAAUCACCCGUCGCCCGCGCCCUGUAUGGCCUCUAG